AUGUCCAUCUGGGCUGCCCUGCUCUUGGUUUGGGCGGCCGCCGAGGCCUCCGAGGACUGCCCCGCCGCGUGCGCCUGCCGCGCCCUGGACACCAUGGGGCUGCUGGUGGACUGCGGGGGCCGGGGACUUGCGGUGUUGCCCGCCCUCCCGGCACACACGCGCCACCUCCUGCUGGCCAACAACAGCCUGCGCUCAGUGCCCCCGGGAGCCUUCGACCACCUGCCGCAGCUGCAGAGCCUCGACGUGGCGCACAACCCCUGGCGCUGCGACUGCGGCGUCACGUACCUGCGCCUCUGGCUGGAGGACCGCGCGCCCGCGGAGCUGCUGCGCGUGCGCUGUGCCGGCCCCGGCCCCGCCUCCGGCCGCGCGCUCGGGCAGCUCAGCGGCUCCGAGCUGGGCAGCUGCGGCUGGAGCCUGCGGGCGUCCUGGGCCGACCCGGGGCCCUGGUGGGACGCGGCGCUGGCCGUCGUGGCCGCGCUGGGCCUGGCUCUUCUGGCGGGCCUGCUGUGCACCGUCCCCGUGCCCCGCGCCUGA